CGAGUACUAAAAGAUGAGUAUCAAAUGGUACCUAGGCCUAGACCUUUUAUUGGUCGUCAUUUUACUAGAAAUGAUGUGCAAUGUACUUUGUCAAGAGUUUAUAGGAUGUGGUGGAUUUGUGAAGUCGGACAUAGGAAUCAGUUACUCUCGCAUUCAGAUGAAAGUUUAUAAUAAGGAAGGUGCUCUCAAAUAUCACACAGACUGUGCUCCAAACAAUGGCUACUUCAUGAUACCAAUUUAUGACAAGGGUGAAUUUGUUCUCAAGAUUGAACCACCACAAGGUUGGAGCUUCGAACCAACAAGUGUUGAAUUGAAUAUUGAUGGCAAGUCCGAUGUCUGUAGUAAAGGAGAAGAUAUUAAUUUUCAGUUCAUGGGUUUUGCUGUUGAAGGAAAGGUCAUCAGUAAAGGUCAAAGUAUUGGUCCUCAGGGUGUUGUUAUUUCCAUGGAAACCCGUACAGAAAUAAGAAAGCCAAUGAAAACAGCAACUAACAGCUCUGGAAAAUUUAAAUUUCCCAAGAUUAUGCCUGGUGAUUACGUCGUAACAGCAACACACCCUGUCUGGAGGUUUAAGAAAGUGUCAACAUCACUCACUGUUACUAAGGAUAGUGUUGCCCUUACUGAUUCCCUAGUUGUUGCAGGAUAUGAUGUCAAAGGUCAGGUUUCCAGUGAAGGAGAAAUGGUUCCAAAUGUAAAGUUUGUCCUACUGUCAGACACAGUCAAAUCAGAGGAUGUGUCUGAUUGUCAAAAGAAGGCUCCAAAUGGCUUCCAACAUUCUGGUAGUAAAGCUGUCCUCUGUUAUGUCCAGUCUGAUGCCAUGGGUCAGUUUGUAUUUCCAAGCGUACCCACUGGACAGUACUCAGUGACCCAGUUUCAGAUUGAAGGAUUUUCUGUCGUUGGCAAAGUUCUUGAUUCUGUAAAGGGAAAAGGAAUUGCUGGUGUUACAGUGACUGUGAAUAAUAAAUCGCCAACAAUUACAAAAGCAGAUGGAUCCUUCCGUCUGGAGAAGAUGAAGUCUGGACACUACAAGAUCAACGCUGCCAAAGACCACUACCACUUUGGUGACCUGAUGACCAAGAUUACGGCCAAUACACCAGAGCUCAAUGAUAUUGUCGCUAACCGAUUUGACUUAUGUGGACGCCUUCGGAUUGACCAAUGGCCAUCCGGACUGGUAAAGCGGGUUCAUAGUAUUGUCGUGACCGGUAAAGGUACCGUGACGAAGACUGUUGGAAAAGAUGGACGUUUCUGCGUAGAUGUUUCACCAGGAAAUUAUGUUGUUAAGGUUGAAAUCAGUGAUAAAGAACACUCAGCUGGUCUUCGUUUAACACAAGAAACAAGGAACAUUGAGAUCUCGACAGGUCCUGUGUUGGAUGUUGAUUUUCAACAAUUUAAAGCAACACUUAAAGGCUUUGUUAAUUGCCUUGAUAAGUGUGGAUCCAUCAACAUAGCUAUGGCAUCAGUUGAUCAUCCUAGCAUUUCUGUACGAACCAUUAAAAUCUCGCAGAAUACCAAACGUGCCAGCUUUAUCAUCAGGGACAUACUACCAGGCACAUACACUUUGAGUGGAGACCAUGCUGCCUGGUGUUGGAAGGAACCAAUAACCUUUAAAGUCAGUAACUCUGACCUCAAUGACAUCAACAUUGUUCAGAGCGGCUACAAGCUGCAGUGCCAGAGUUCUCAUGCAUGCUCUAUGCAAUAUCGACACAUUUCUGUGGCCAAGUCCAGUGGUGAAUUUGCAGUUGUGAAAGGUAGCAACACCUUCUGCGUGGAUACCCCAGGGCAAUAUAAACUCACAACCACCUCUUGUCAUCAGUUUGACAAAAAAGAAUACCAAUUUGACACAUCGAAUCCUGCUAAGUUUUCCAUGAUGGCAAUGAAGCAUCAAGUCCAAGGAUCAAUUGUUUCCAAGGAGAUGGCCUCUGACAUUGUGGUAAAAAUUACAUCAUCCGUGCCAUCUGAAGGACCAGUGACCCUUGGACCUCUAAAGGGCAAAGCGUCACCGACAGCUGAGUUGAAAGAACCUGCUAACAAAGAUGGAAAGGCAGGUGGUCAGAAACCUGGUGCUAAAAAACCAGCUGAAAAAGACAAUAAAUACACCUAUGAAUUCACACAUUGGGCAAGCAUAGCUAUGACAUCAGUUGAUCAUCCUAGCAUUCCUGUACGAACCAUUAAAAUCUCGCAGAAUACCAAACGUGCCAGCUUUAUCAUCAGGGACAUACUACCAGGCACAUACACUUUGAGUGGAGACCAUGUUGCCUGGUGUUGGAAGGAACCAGUAACCUUCAAAGUCAGUAACUCUGACCUCAAUGACAUCAACAUUGUUCAGAGCGGCUACAAGCUGCAGUGCCAGAGUUCUCAUGCAUGCUCUAUGGAAAUGGCCUCUGACAUUGUGGUAAAAAUUACAUCAUCCGUGCCAUCUGAAGCACCAGUGACCCUUGGACCCCUGAAAGGCAAAGUGUCACAGACAGCUGAGUUGAAGGAACCUGCUAACAAAGAUGGAAAGGCAGGUGGUCAGAAACCCGGUGCUAAAAAACCAGCUGAAAAAGACAAUAAAUACACCUAUGAAUUCACACAUUGGGCAAGGCGUGGUGAAAAUCUCAAGUUUGAACCAGUUUCUGGUGAAGUUCUUUUUUACCCAAAAGUCUUAGAGGUCAAAGUAAAAGGUGACACGUGUCCGGGUGAGGUUGUGGCAUUUGAGGCUAGGGCUGGUAUCUUUAUCUCGGGCCAGAUUACUCCCCCAAUUCAGGCAGUUGUGAUAGAAAUUCAUACUAAAACACCAGGUAGUUCAGGAACAGUAGAUGUCAUCAGAACGGAGACAGAUGAUCAGGGAAAGUAUCGAGUUGGUCCCUUUGUUGACACAAAUGAGUACACAGUAGAUGCAGAAAAGAAGGGUUAUACCUUGACGCCACAACCUGACAAUCCAACUAACUUCAGAGCCUAUAAGCUUGGUGAAAUCAUUAUUCAGGUGGUGGAUGAAGAUGACCAGCCUCUAAGUGAUGUUGUACUGUCGUUGAGUGGUGGUAGUUUCCGUAGCAACCAGAUUACUCUUCAAACAGGAAAAGUUCCAUUCUAUUUUCUGGGAGCUGGCCAGUAUUAUCUUCGUGCAUUUCGCAAGGAAUACGAGUUCGAACCAGAUUCUAAGAUGAUUGAAGUUCAGGAAGCAUCUUCUGUAAACCUCACAAUCCGAGGUCAUAGGGUAGCAUUUAGUUGCUAUGGUACAGUGACCUCGCUAAAUGGUGAACCAGAGCCAAACGUUGCGCUAGAGGCAAGAGGCCUGGCUAUCGGUAAUUGCGAAGAACUUAUGGAAACUGCUCUUUCUGAUUCUAAUGGGGAAUUCCGCGUCCGUGGAUUAAAGCCAUCUUGUGUGUAUGAGUUGAAACUUAAAAUGAAAGAUGGCAGAGAUGAAGAUAAUCCAGUUGAGAUUGAGAGAGCAGUUCCUCCUGUCACCAUACUCAAGCCUGAAGAGAAGGAUAUAAAAGAUGUUAAGAUCAUCGUUUUUAGGAAACAAACCACAUUUGAUGUCGGUGGAAAUGUGAUAACAGACAGCCAGUUUGUGAACACAUUAAAGGUGGUUGUUUUUAAAGAAGAUGAUUUGGACUCACCUAUUCACACUUUAGCACUUGGGGCAAGCAGCUUUUUUCAACUUCCAUCUCUUCCAAUGGAUGGACAGGAAUAUGUAAUGAAACUUGAGUCAUCAUUGUCAAAAUCAAAUUAUAAUUACAACACUCAGGAAGCCAGUUUCAUUGCUGAAGGUGUCUACCAGCAUAUCACUUUUGAGUUCAAUCCUGAAAGGCGAAAUAUUGAUCAGGAUUUCUCUCAAGGGUCUUACUUUGCAUUGCCAUUCAUUGUAGCAUUAAUUGCCAUCGGUUUCAAUCAUUCAAAGGUUUUACCAUUUCUAAAGCAAAUUGGAGAAUCUUUCCAAAAACGAAAGCCAGUUCCAGUAAGAUACGAUUCUCGGGAGCAGAUGGAUGAAGCCCGUCAAAAGAAGAAGACAAAACUAAGAAAGACAUGAAGGAAAAUAGAAGAAUACAAAGAAAUUACACGGAUGGAAAGAAAACUUGACAAUUACAAAGAAACUUAAUAUCGUAAAAACAAUAACCGUAAAUAUGCAAGAUAUUGUGUUACAACAAGAAUGUUGACUAGGAAAAGAAAAUAAUCAAAAAUUAUGAGGAUGUGAAAAAGAAAGGUCGUAAAAGAAAGUUCAUGCCAUUAUUGAAAGAGUGUACUAUCGAGUAUGGCAUAACAAUAAUUUUUUUUAUAAUUUGCCCAGGCUUUGCUCUGCACACUGAUUACAAUCCCUACUGGUUCCCUGGCCCCAUAACUUGAUGGGAUGACUCGAUCUCAGUAGUCCCUCCAUUACUCUCAAAUUGUUCCACUGCUAAAGACAAUGCGUUGAUUUAAUAAAUUCCUGAGUACUAAGACAAACAAGGCUUGAUUCUUAAUAUUCUUGAUAUAGGUUUAAAAUAAGGUUGUAAAGGGUUAUUUUAUUAUUUAAUAGGAUUUUAAACAAAAUUAUAGAUGCAUAAUUAAAUCACGUUGUUUUUUUCUAUUCCUGAGUGGGGGGGGGGGCGCUAGGAGGUGGUAGGGAGAAUGGCAUUUUUCCAUAUCAUAUCCACAGCAUGUUUCCAUAUUAUAUUCACAGACUGAACACAUGAUGAGGAAAUAUCUCAAAAUGGAAUUCUCAAAAAUAUCUGUGUGUGCUGUUAAUUACACCAUUUGAAUCAGUGUACACCCUAUUACCUAUUGGAUAUAUAUAGAGCUACAAUAGUUUAUACACAGUUCCUUUUAGACUUCAACGCCAAAUAUUAUUAACCUGCUGAGAAAACAGGUUAUUUACAAGGUUAGGUGCUGCACAUCAUUCAUAUAAUCAUUGUAGUGCUUGGGGGCUAUUAUUAGUGCAAAGCACUAUAUAAAUCUAAAUUAUUAUUAUUAUUCCAUGUUUUCUCAAGGUGCUGUAAUUAAAAAAAAAAAAUCUGCUAAUUGAAAAUAACACUUAAAACUCAGCAAACAGUACCACACGUAGAACACACUUUCACAAGCAUUACGUUCGGCUAAUUAUUGAUUUUUUGGUGUCAAAGAUGUGGGCGUCAUACUAACCUGUGCUCGAGUUUUUUGAUAUUGUAGACUGAGGCAGAUCAUUAUUACUAACACUGAAUUUAGAUUCUUUUUAUGCAAAGAAAAUAAUGUUGCACAGUUUGCUUCCAUUUUUGCACUCACCACCUUUAUUUAGUAUUUCAUUUUUUUAAAAUACUAAAUACAGAGGAUUGGCAAAAAUAUAAAUAACCAUACAAUACAAAAAAAAAAAAAAUCUGUUUUAGUUUAAAAUAAUAUAAACUAACAAAGAAAUAGCAUAACUUGAGUAUGCUUGUAAAUUAAUUGAAAGGUGCAUUUAAUUUUAUUCGGAUUAUACUGUUUGUGUGUGUGUGGGUGGGAGUAAAACAUCAUUAUCACCUGAUUUCAGAGUUGUUUUUUGUUUUUUUGGUUUUUUUUUACAAAUAGGCCUGAAUUUGAUACUAUGGCAGUAAGAAGUCUAAUAUCCUUUAUGCUUUUUUUUUUCGUUUUUUUUUCUUUCUAUAGUUUUAUCACUUAUUGAUGAUUGAUGAAAGGUGAUUAUAUGCUCUCUGUUUUUUUUGUUGUAGUUCAUUAAAAAAUGUAAUAAUAUACGUUAGAAUUGGGUAAGUAAAUCUGUUUCCUGACGAUGCAUACCAAAAAUACCCAAAUUUAUUAAAAAAUAUUUUUUUAAUAUUAGAAAAACAAUAUUUAAGUAAUGACGAAAACAAAUAAUCCUGUAAUCCAAGACAUAGAUGCAAUCAAAUGCGAGAGGGUCAUUAAAUGCGUGGUGUCCCUAAUGCUUAUAUUGAUAUUAAUACAGAAAACUAGUGCAGAGAAUAACACCAAUAGUCUGUUUAGUAUUGUUGAUAUUUUAAAAAUAUCCUUUAACAUGCAUCUAUAUUAUAAUUACGCUUAUUUCAAAGCCCACACGGACACAAUUCAAAACAGAGUUGCUAAAGAAAUGUCUGGGAUUCAAAACCUACCGGUCAGAACAACUCUUAAAAAAUAGGUCAUCAAAUUGUCGAUCACGCAAAGUGAAUAUCAAUCCCUAUUUCUGAUUAAUUGAGGUGAAAUGUAUUAAUUUGAUGCUGCAGAGGAAUAUCAGUCUUUGCAGAUAUCUUGUUAUUUAUUAAAUAAUUUAUCUGUAUAAUUGUUUGGCCUAGGUAGUUGGGUAUAAAAGAGUUAUAUAUUGUUUUUUUUUUUUAAACAUUCUUGAUUUUUUAAAACGAGGGUAGAGUUGAUAAUGUCACGGCAUAGUCUUCUUUGAUUUAUAUACCAAAACAGCGGAUUACCUGGUAUGGUAGCAAAUACCUAUAUUUACAUAGCUAUGUUCAUUAAAUGUAUGUAUAUUAGUGUAUUGUAACAAGAGAAUAUUUUGUUACUAUGGACCUUUUUUUUUUUAACAUUUUGGGUUUUUUUUAAACCAGGGUAGAGUUCAUAAUGUGAAGGCAUAGUUUUCUUUGAAUUAUACCAAAACAGCGGAUUACCUGGUAUGGUAGCAAAUACCUAUAUUUACAUAGCUAGCUCAUUAAAUGUAGUUAUGUUAGUGUAUUGUAACCUUUCCUGUGUGUUAAUCAAAGUUAACUGACCAAUCACAACAAGGCCAGGAAUACGCGCGUGUCCUACAAACACCUGUGUUGUCCCACAAACGCGUGUGUUUAUACAUAAAUUUACGCAUAUUUUUUUGUGGGAUGUUAGCAUCAAUAUUCAAGGUGCGUGGCUUAGUGGAAAUUUCCAUUGGUAGCAUGUUCAUUUCCACACAUAUUAUAAGUAGAGAUAAGCCUAAUAUAUUGGCGUUAAAAUUUCAUAUUGUUCUCAAUACACUGGCCUGCAGUCUUACGACUUAAAACAUGAUCUUAACGUAGGCCUAUGUGAAAACAGUUAUUCAUUUUUUACCUGUAAUGACCUUGUCAGUUUUUUUGGUCAGUUAUUAAAAUGAUUUUGUCUACAAUAGGUUUUACAUGAUACCAGUACUAUUGAUCUGAUCAUAUGGCCGUCAGUGUUAAUUAAGUGAGGCUUUACACAGUAGCUAAAGAUUCUUAAAAUUGAAUGCAUGGGCCAACUUGUUUAAAGGUUAUAAUACAGUAUAGUCAUGGCCCCAUGACAUUUUAUAGAGUUCCAUGUAGGUUAAAAUUGAUUAUCCUAUAUUAUGAUCAUAGGCCAGUGGUCUAAGUUAGGAUACAAAUUAUUCAUAUUCAGAGUAGAAAUUGUUAAAGUAAUUCCAAAUAGUUUUCUCAGAAUCAGAUGUAGAGGCCUGGUUUCCAUAAGUUCACAACACGCUAUCGCACCGACAGCGGUCGGCGACGUUGAUUGGUCGGUUGAAUAAAUGGUGUCUUCGAAUUGCGUUUGAGCAUGGAUAGCUGCACCCUGUAAAACGAUUCAAAAGAAAAACACUGUCACGUAGCGAAAGAAUAGCGAUGUUAUGGAUAACGUUUAAGAGUAGUAGUUUGUGUGUGUUUAUAGUAUAAUUUAAGACACUGAAUGAUGGGGGUUUAUAUAUAUUUGAAUUAUGGGCAUAAUUGUGUAAUAAUUAUACGAGAAUAACAAUAAACAUUCUAUUGUAUAAUAAAAAAUAAA